CACCAUUUUGUUUGAGAGAAAAAAUCGUGGAAAACGUUUCGCUGUGUUAACCUGACUGUAUAAGUAAUUAUUAGUAAUAAAAUAACUGUUAAGCUACAACAAUGGACAACAUUGAGCGUCUUUAUAAAUGCUACGAAAUACUAUCCGAAGCGGGAGAUAAAAUAACUGAGCAUGUUGCGGAAUACAAAGAGAUAUUACAGGCCGUAAAAGGCACAUCGAAGGAGAAGCGUUUGGCUUCGCAAUUUAUUGGCAACUUUUUUAAACACUUUCCGGAACUGUCAGACACCGCAAUCGAUGCACAGUUCGAUUUAUGCGAAGAUGAUGAUACACAGAUACGCCGCCAAGCCAUCAAAGAUUUGCCCAAGCUAUGCCAGGGCAAUGCCGAAGCUACCGUCCGCGUGGGCGACACACUGGCCCAGCUACUAAUUCUGGACGACGCAACCGAGUUGCAGCAAGUGAACAACUCGUUGCUCAGCAUCAUUAAAUUGGACACGAAGAGCGCCAUAGCUGGUUUGUUUCAGCAGAUAACCACGGGCGAUGAGCCAACGCGUGAGCGUUGCUUUAAGUUCAUUGCAACCAAACUGUUGACAAUGGGUCCGACUGUCAUAACCAAGGAAAUCGAGGAUUAUAUUGUGGAGGAGGUCAAGAAGGCAUUGCAGGACGUGACAGCCGAUGAAUUUCAUCUAUGUAUGACAAUAUUGGGUGCGACCAAGCUGGGCAACACAAUUACCGGUCAUGCCGAAUUGGUCAAGUUGGCAACGGAACAGGCUGAGCUAAAUACCGUCGAUACGGAUGCCAUAGCUGUUGACGAUGAGGUUGUGGAACGUUUCAUACAAUGUGCCACGGCAGCAGCACCUUACUUUUCGAAAACGAUUAAAUCAACACAAUUCGUGGCCUAUGUUUGCGAUAAACUGUUGCCAAUAAACACAUGGAAUUUGAUUGCCACCGCAGUCUCACAGGAUCAGAUACAAUUGCGUUUGCUUAAAGUAUUCGCCGAGAUGAUAACCAACACGGAUAAACUAGAGAAUGCCAACGAACGCAUUAAUGCCGUGUACAAUGUGCUAUUGGAAUACAUGCCCUUGCCAAAGCUGAGCGACGAGGAUACGGUAGAUACGCCACCCUCAUUUCAAUUCUCGCAUGCUGAGUGUUUACUUUAUGCAUUGCACACGCUGGGCAAGAAGCAUCCAGGCAAUUUAAUGUUUGUUGAGGAUGCCGAAAAACUAAAAGACUUUCGUGCUAGAUUGCAAUAUCUAGCGCGCGGUACACAGGGUUACAUUAAGAAACUGGAGGAGGCUCUUAAAGGCAAGUCAGCCGAGGAACUGAAAACCGAGGAGAAUCAAUUGAAGCAAACGGCUUUGAAGACAACAUCAAACAUAAAUAUUCUGAUACGUGAUCUAUUUCAUUCACCGCCCAUAUUCAAACAUGACAUUGUGCUCUCCUGGGUUGUGCCCAAAAAUACUAAGCUUGGCAAACGCCAUGCGCCCAUCACAUUUGGCGACAAGGGCGCCGCCAAUGGUAAUCAGGAGCAUGAGGUGCAGGAUAAGAAAUCGCGGCCAUCCAAUGAACAGAAAUUCUACUCGCCGCCCUCGGGAAAAUAUUCGGGAAAGGUGAAUUCCAAUUAUGGCAACAACAAUCGCGCGCGGCAACGUGGUGGCGGCGGCGGCGGUGGAGGCGGCUUUAGGAAUCGACGCUACAACAGAUAUUAGAUGCAGCGCAGCAACAACAACUUUCCCAUCCUAGUCGUUAAACAACAUGAAACAACACAAAAGAAAAAAAGAAAGAUAACGAGAGAUUAUGAAAAUUCUCUAAUCACGUCCCGCGUAAAAAUAAACCGCUUGCAAAACUGACACCAAUCCUGGCUAUAGACGGAACAAUCUGAUCCAUUCGCACACAAACGGGUGAGUAUCGAGUGAGCUUUCAUUGUAAUUGUCUACCUUUGAUAUAUUUCAGAGCCUGCAAAUCAGCAACAAAUUAAAUGCAGUUCUUUUAACAAUUCCUUUUAAUUUGCUUAUUUUUGAAACACACAACAUGUUUGCAAAUUUACGCGUGAUAUUUUAAAACAACGCCACGCUCACUCACGUCUCACACAGUUUUAUUUUGUCUUGGCUGUGCACGUUGUUUUAUCAUAUCAGGCAUUAUUUAUCAACUAUCCAAAUGCCUAGCUGUAAUAAUAUAAAAUAGUUUGUAAACAAUUUGCAAUAUCUUCUGCUAAUCAUAAAUAAUCAACUCCAGUUACAAAAGUAAACAACAAUUGAAGUCAGUUCCCCCACCCUGUAUGAAAGAUAUUCGCAAUCUCGUAUUAACUGUUUUUCGAGGCACAAGAUUUACAAACAUGUACAAAAGAGUUUGUCAAAUCCUUUAAUUCACAAGCAUAAAUAAUUAUUAUUCUUUUUUGGUUUACAUAUAUGCCUCACAAUUGUACAACGUAGCGCAACAGCAACAGAAACAAGAAAAAAAAUAUGCGAACAUAUUAAAUUUUGAAUUU